UCGUCUGUGCAGUUUUCGACUGUGUUCGGUUUGAGGCGGUCCUAAUCAAGAGACUAAGAAAGAAGUCGGAGUUUAGUUAAUCUGUGUUUUUAAAUAUAUUUCGUUUGUUAACUUAAACGAACUAACACAAUGGCUUCUUCUGAUGUUGCCCGGCAGCCGGAUAAAGGAACUCGUCCACUGUCUCUGGCUGGUCAUGUGGGCUUUGACAGCCUCCCCGAUCAACUUGUCAACAAGUCCGUUUGCCAGGGCUUCUGCUUCAAUAUUCUCUGCAUUGGUGAGACUGGUAUCGGGAAGUCUACCCUGAUGGAUACGCUGUUCAACACCAACUUUGAAAACUUUGAGUCAUCCCACUUUGAGCCACAGGUGAAGCUACGAGCUCAGACCUAUGACCUGCAGGAGAGUACCGUCAGGCUGAGAUUAACCGUGGUCAACACUGUGGGAUUUGGAGAUCAAAUGAACAAACAGGAGAGCUACCAGCCUGUGGUGGACUACAUUGACAGGCAGUUUGAGAGUUAUCUGCAGGAGGAACUAAAAAUCAAACGAUCACUUCACAACUACCAUGACUCGCGAGUCCACGCCUGCCUUUACUUCAUCUCACCCUCGGGACAUUCACUUAAAUCUUUGGACCUGGUCACCAUGAAGAAACUAGACAGCAAGGUGAACAUUAUUCCUGUCAUUGCCAAAGCUGACACCAUCAGUAAGACGGAAUUGCACAAGUUCAAGAUCAAAAUCAUGAGUGAGCUCGUUAGCAACGGGGUCCAGAUCUACCAGUUCCCUCUGGAUGAUGAGACUGUAUCCAAAGUCAACACUACCAUGAACGGUCAUCUGCCCUUUGCUGUCGUAGGCAGCACAGAAGAAGUCUGCGUUGGCAAUAAGAUGGUUAAAGCUCGUCAGUAUCCCUGGGGUGUAGUACAAGUGGAAAACGAGAACCACUGCGACUUUGUGAAGCUGAGGGAGAUGCUGAUCUGCGUAAACAUGGAGGACCUGAGGGAGCAGACGCACACGCGCCACUACGAACUGUACAGACGCUGCAAGCUGGAGGAAAUGGGCUUCAAAGACACCGACCCGGAGUGCAAACCUGUCAGUCUGCAGCAGACCUACGAGGCCAAGCGUCAGGAGUUCCUGGUGGAGCUGCAGAAGAGAGAGGAUGAGAUGAGGCAAAUGUUUGUACAGAGGGUGAAGGAGAAGGAGGCUGAGCUGAAGGAGGCUGAGAGAGAGCUGCAGAGCCGUUUCGAGCAGCUGAAGCGCCUCCAUGCAGAGGAGAAAGCGGCUCUUGAGGAAAAGAAGAGGCUCCUGGAUGACGACCAGAGUUCCUUCAGCAAAAGACGAGCUGCAGCUCAGCUCCUGCAGGCACAGAGUCUCACCGCCAACGGCAAGAAGGACAAGGACCGCAAGAACUCUGGCUUCAUGUGAAGACCUUGAGGUACACUCCACUAAGACCAGUAUAACCAGUGACACUAUGCCUACAUCUUUUCCGGCCCCUAGUGGCUUGUCUCCAACACUAAUCAGGAAAACCUCACACAAACCAUCAGUGUAUGUGUUUAAUUAUGUGCCAAAGUUUAUUGACUGUACUCAUAUGUCCUCCGUACACUUUGUUUAAUCGUAGUUUUAAUCGUCUUUGUGGCUUUUAUACCUCCUUGUGUAAUGUUUUAUAUUUAUCCUGUAUUGUUUUUGUAUCAAACUCUAUAUUUUCUAUACACCUCCCCUGUUGUCACACAUCACUAGAGACUGUACAGAUCACAGGAUGUGAUAAGGUACAAACAAUACAGUGUAAAAGACUCCACCAGUUACUCUUCAUCACUUUUAGAGUUUCAUAGCUCAUGUAUCAGAGUGUUUCUCCAGACACGUGUUCUUUCUGAGACAGUCCAACAACUGCACCAUGUUGCCAGUUCGUUACAUGGCCCUUUCUGUCAGGAGGGAAUCUCAGAAGCAAGUUAAAAUGCAAAAUUCCAUUAUCCAUCUCUUAUUAUAUCGUCAACUGAUCCCCGUCGCCCUGCAGGAAAACGUAAACUAGUCCUGGGUGGACAUGAACAUGUAGUCAACCAGCCAUGUUACAGGAUCCAUGCGUUUAAAAGGGGUUUGAGUCGUAUGAGUUAUUGUCUCUGAAGGCUGAGUUAAUGUACUUUUACGUUGGAGUCGUCCUAGCGUGGUCACAGGGCAUUAUAGUCUUUUUCUAUUUGUCUGUUAUGUGUUUUUCUUUUUAUAUCUCCUUGAUGCCAUCAGCCGUGUGUAACGUCUCCAGUCCAAUCACAGUUACUGCAUAAUAUAAUGUAGGCGGGUGAGACUGUGGCAGGUACAUUUUACUCCAUUUAUAUUUAUAUGAAUAUAAUAUUAUGGGUUAGAAUUCUUACCGAAACAAAUAAAGUUUGCAUACGGGAUGUUGUAAAAAAGGCCUCCUAUUGGGAUUGAAUGCAUUGUUUGUUAAGGUCUGGCACAGGUGUGGAUUCAUGUCUUGUACUUUUAUUCCUUUCUCUAUUAAACCAGCACCCUGUGUUGGUGAUUGUUAGUGAAAGUGUGAUCACCAAAUCCACGUUCUCUCACAAACACAGCCACUUUAUAUUUACACUAGUGCUUACAAUGUGCCUUAUCUCUGUAAAGCAUAGAAAAACACUCAAGAGAAUCACACCAAUGCCUAAUAGAGUCUGAGAUGUCUUUGUACUACACCUGUAUUUACGGAAUAAACAGUGUUAUUUGUGGGCUUUUUUUCUCAUGUUUCUAAAUAAAUCUUGUAUUUUUGUCAUGGAA